GGGACGGGUGGGCGGGAGAGGGAAGCGCGGAGCACGGACCCCGCCUCUGCGCGGCUCCACGCGUGACGUCGCGGGGGGCGCCGGCCUCCGCCGGGUUCCGAGCGGCUCUCUGUGGAGGCCCAAGACCUUCUGCUCCCCAUGGGCAGCUUCCAGGCAGGGCACAACCUGCAUUUCUGUCUGGCCCACCACCCACCUCUGGUCUGUGCCACUUUGAUUCUGCUGCUUCUUGGCCUCUCGGGCCUGGGUCUUGGCAGAUUCCUCCUCACCCACAAGACUGGCCUUCGCAGCCCUGACAUUCCUCAGGACUGGGUCUCCUUCUUGAGGUCUUUUGGCCAGCUGACCCUGUGCCCUAUCAAUGGGACACUCACAGGGAAGUGGCAUGGGCCUCAUGUCGUGGGCUUACUGACCACCUUGAACUUCGGAGAUGGUCCAGACAGGAACAAGACCCAGACAUUCCAAGCCAAGGUCCUGGGUAGUCAGAUGGGACUGAAAGGAUCUAAUGCAAGAGAGCUGGUCCUCAUUACAGCGAGGGUGACCACAGGAAGGACUCCAGGAACCUGCCUGUAUUUUAAUGCUGCCCCAGACAUCCUGCCCUCCAGCCAGCCUCCCAUAGCUUGCCCAGAGGAGGAAGCAGGGAAUGCCACUGUGAGCCCUAGGAUGGCUGACGAAUGUAUCCGGAUCUGGAGCCACGAAGGCCUUGUGCUCACCAAACUGCUCACCUCGGAGGAGCUGGCUCUGUGUGGCUCCAGGCUCCUGGUCUUGGGCUCCUUCCUGCUUCUCUUCUGUGGCCUUCUCUGCUGUGUCACUGCUGUGUGCUUCCACCCACGCCGGGAGUCCCACUGGUCUCGAACGCGGCUCUGAGGGCACUGGCCCAGUUCCCGCCUUGUUCUCAGGUCUGAGUCAACCUCUUGGGCCUUGGUUCUGAGUUGGAAGAGAUGUUACAAAAAGUGAAGAGCUGGAUUGUGGGGAAAAAUAAAAGGCUUUUUUGCCCAGUG